CACCAAAAUCCUGUGAAUGAUUUGAGUUUUGUUUCUCUUUUUUCGUUUCCUUAUACACUCUGUCAUCUUCUUGCGCCGCACGUCAAAUAUCUCUUUUGCUAUUUAUUUUUGACUUUAUAGUAUUGAUUACCCUUUUUUCCUUUGACUUACCAAUUGCUCAAUCCAUUUUCUUCAUUUCAAUUCACAGUUUCUUCAUUCAAAUUUCAGUUACAACACACAAUUUCUCUAUGCUGUUAACGUCUUCAUGAUCCUUAUCCACUUACUCUGAUCCUUUAUUAUUAUGGAAUUUCCUAAUUCUAUACAAGGUUGGAUUAAGGCUUCUUAUGUUGUCUUUUCAUUCUUCUCUGCUUUCUUCCUCGGUGCCAUCAAAGGUUUGAUUGUGGGUCCUAUUGCUGCUCUUAUACUGAUUAUAGGCAACGUUGGGGUGAUUUUGGGUCUGUUUCCUGCACACGUGGCUUGGACUGUUUACACCCUUUUCAAGAUUCAAAUAUUUGAUGCAGCUUUGAAAGUUGCUAUUUUGAUUGCUUUGCCUGCUUUAUUUGGCUUAUGGUUGGGUUUAGGCAUAGCUGGUAGUGUUCUUGUUGCUGUUGGGUAUGGCUUUUUUACACCUUGGGUUUCAACUUUUGAGGCCUUUAGAUAUGACAAUGAGUCGAAGAAAUUCUUGCACUGUAUUGUGGAUGGAACCUUGGGAACUAUUAAAGGUAGUUGUACUGUGGUUAGGGAUUUUGCUGAUAUGUGUUACCAUUCAUAUCCAAGUUACUUGAAGGAACUACGUGAAUCACAAUUACCUGCUUCAGAUCAGUGUCAGAGACUAAGGUUAAUUCAUGUUCCAGCAUGUAUCAUUGUAGGAAUAAUGGGACUAAUUGUUGAGGUUCCUCUUUUCACUGCAAUUGCUAUAGUAAAAAGUCCCUACCUAUUGUUCAAGGGUUGGUACAGACUUUUGCAUGAUUUAAUUGGCAGAGAAGGUCCAUUCCAUGAAACAGUUUGUGUCCCUAUUGCUGGUUUAACAAUAUUUGUGUGGCCUCUUGUUGUCACUGCCAGCAUUUUGUUGGCUAUUUUCUCUAGCAUUUUUGUUGGACUAUAUGCCUCUAUUAUAGUAUAUCAGGAAAGAUCUUUCCGGAGAGGAUUAGCUUAUAUAAUGGCAAUGGUUGCUGAGUUUGAUGAAUAUACAAAUGAUUGGCUCUAUCUUAGAGAGGGGACAUUCUUUCCAAAGCCCCAAUAUCGAAAGAAAAUGGUUUCUCAAUCAUCAGAGUUUUCAACUCGAGGAAAUAGCGUGGGAGGAAGCAGAUCACAUACUACCAUGGAACCACCUGCAAUGUUUAUGCCAAAUUUAGCUCCUUCAAGAUCAGUUAGAGAGACCAUUCAUGAAGUGAAAAUGGUGCAGAUAUGGGGAAAUAUGAUGAAGUACUGUGAGAUGAGAGGCAAGGAGUUAUUGGAUGGUAAUGUACUCACAUCUGCUGAUCUUUAUGAGUGGUUAAGAGGAAAGAAUAUCAAUGAAGCAGCCAUAGUUGGUGUUGGCUUGCCUUGCUUUGCACUUCUACAGACUCUUCUCUUUUCCAUCAAAGCUAACUCAAGUGGUGUAUUGCUACUUGAUGAUUUUGAGAUAACACAUUUCAACAGACCAAAGGACAAGUUGUUGGAUUGGUUCUUCAAUCCUGUUAUGGUUCUCAAGGAACAAAUAAGGGUCAUUAAGUUGGUAGAAGGUGAAGUGAGAUACUUGGAAAAAGUUGUUCUCUUUGGAAUCAAUAAACAAAGGUUGGAGACUUGGGAUAAUGGUAGUUUAGUGAUUCCUGAUGGUCUUAGAGCUGCUCAAAUUGAGGGAAUUUCAAGAAGGAUGAUUGGAAUGAUAAGAGGUGUAUCAAAGCUUCCAACAUACAGAAGGAAGUUUCGACAGGUUGUUAAGGCAUUAGUCACUCAUACAUUGGAGAAAGAUGCUUCAGAAAAGGCUUUGGUUACACGUUCUCUUGAUAUAGAUGUUUCUGAAAAGGCUUUAGUUACUCAUUAUUUGGAGAAAGAUGUUUCAGGAAGAUCCAGUAGGUCUAUAGUAUCAGUUCCAUCAGAUGACAAUGUUUAAGAUAAACUAUACUAGUUUUCUUCUCUAUUGCUGUUGUUGAUGAAUCUUUGUAAAUUACUUUAGAUUGAUUACUGUAAAAGAACAUAUUCUGAGUGUUGUACAGAUUGAAGAGAUUCUCUUUUAUUUUUUACUUUUUUUUUCUUUUUUAAGUUUUGAGAAUCAAUAUGGCAUCAAAAGUUACUAUAAUAUGUUGUUCAAA